CUUAUAGUCAUUCCAGCGCUAGUGUUUGCGCUGAUGUUCUCAACGGCACAGCCAGAUGGGAGAGUUACGAUCACAGAGCCUCUGUGUAACGUAGUAGAGAUACACACAGUAUUUGCUAAACGGAAGAAACAUGCAGCAGGCUUAUUAUUUUGCAUUUCAAAUUUUAAUGUGGUUUAUAUGGCCCCAAUGCCAGUGCAAAGCGGCCUUAGGCGACCGCAGAUCAAGUGAUGAGUUUCAGCCCUGGACCGUCUCAGCUUCAGAUGACAAACCAGGUUGGGGCUGUCCGAAUCACAGCAUGAUAUGUCACUUGUUUUGCAGAUAUAACGGAAGUCUGUUUGGCUACUGCAAUAAACAUCCUGAAAAUGGCGGCUGCCAUUGUGUUGACAACGCAGAACUCAGAGGAGGUAUUUUGACGAAAAGGUUUCUCAAGCAAGCCUCUCUGCAACGGACCGUUUUGGGUGGAGUUAAAUGUACGCCAGGAAUAAGUGGCUGUGAUGUUCAGUGCCUUAAGUACAACGGCCUCUUUACGCUCUGCGGGGGAAAAACACCUGACAUUUGUAACUGCUACUACUACAAAGGUACGGCGGUAACCGGUGUUCAAAAUUCGAGUAUCCAAAAGACCAACAUUUCGGAACAUCUUCGUCAUUGGAGAUGCCCAGAAAGAAGAGGCCCAUGCGAUUUCUACUGCCUCAUAUCGGGUAGUCCUUUGGGCUAUUGUGAGCUUGGAAACCAGAAGUGUCACUGCGUAAAUCCGGAAAUCAUAGGAAAGGAAACCGGCGUUAGAUACUACAGAGAUGCUGGAAGAAUUGUGAAAGCUUACCAAACUAGCUACGGAUGCCCAGCCAUACAGGAAUGUGCGAUUCGGUGCCUUAUCGACGGUGGAUUAUUUUCUGUUUGCAAUAUGAACCCUCCUUACCACUGUUUCUGCUACUUCAUGCCGAAGUCACGAGGACUGCCUAACUUUCCACGUGAUUAAAUAUCGCGGAGGAACCUAUCGAUAAUUCUUCAAACGAGGCACAGCUGGAGCAGAAUAAUUACUCACAAACGUACAAAUUGCUAUCAACGUUCAUCACUCACCGAGGUGCUUUGUUGGCUGGUAUGAAUGUGGCAAUAAUAAAAUACUGACAUUGUUA